GUUUUCUGGGCGGCAUACAAAAGAGUCGCCGUGGAACACGACGAGGAGUUCCUUGAGCGAUACUACAAUGACAUGGACAUCGUGUUGAUCUUUUCUGGUCUGUUCUCUGCCGUCAGCACAGCUUUUAUUGUGGCCAUGGAGUCGAAUCUCAGUCCAGACCCCGACGAUACCACGCAUGCCCUUCUCGCCCAACUCGUCCAAAUCGGACUCGGCAACUUCACUGCAGCGGGGUCUACGCCAGUAUCGCCAGCAUCUACCUGGUCGCCGUCCACAGCCAACAUAAGGAUACAAUGCAUCGCGUACGCGAGCUUGUCCUUCAGUUUACUCGCUGCUUUCGAGGCCGUGCUAGGCAAACAGUGGCUCGGGUUUUACAAGUCGCAUAGAUACGGCCGCGGCUCGGAGGAGGAACGAGCGAAGCGCAGACAAGAGAGGUUCGACGGCAUUGUCACAUGGUAUUUUGAUGCUGUCAUGCAAUCGUUCCCAAUCCUACUGCAAUUCUCUCUUCUUCUCUUUGGAAUUGCUCUCAGCGCCAAUAUGUGGUACGAGCAGUACACGGUCGCCUGGGUCAUCAUUGCAACCACGGUCUUUGGGUUUUUGUUUUAUUCGCUGACGGUGAUGGCAGCUUUGGUAUCCCCUGUCUGUCCAUUUCAGAGCCCGAUAUCGACGAUGUUGCGCAUAUUGCGCAUUGAUAGUAAGAUCAUUUUCAAGUUCUGCUCAUCUCCGGUCUGA